AUGUCGGCUAAUGAAUCGCAAAGUCACCCUGAAGGAGGCUCGCCCAGAAAUAAGCAGCAGCCUACCUUCAAUGGGUCCACUAACGAGAGCUUAUCGGAAGAUAGCAAUGUAGCCAAGCAGAGCGGCAAGGGAAAGUCGGGAUUUUCCAUUGUGAAUACCAUAAGCUCUCUCUUUUGCUACAGGAAAACAUCACUCACAUUAUUCAUCUUUUUGACUCUAGUUGCCACGUGGUUGGCAUUCUGGUUCGAUACCAGCUUGGAGCUCUCAAUUGACCUCCCUACCGAUAAGCUAGAACUGAAGGUGUUGGAGAACGCUUGGUUGGAUUUGCAAAACAUUGGGAGAUAUGAACAUCCCUAUGCUUCCAAGGGAAACGACUAUGUGCACGACUACAUCUACGCUAAGUUAAAGAGAACUAUCAAGGAGGGUGGUAAGAAGUACAUUGAAUUGGAUGACGAUGAAAACAACAACAUCUUGUAUGGCAAUGCUAAGGAGACCGUUACCUACUACGAGAGCAACAAUGUUCUUGUUAGAAUUAACGGGACCAACCUGAAAUUGCCCGCCUUGUUGGUCAGUGCGCACUACGACUCCGUCCCUACAUCAUUUGGGAUCACAGACGAUGGUAUGGGUAUUGCCUCCAUGUUGGGGUUAGUGGAAUACUACGCUCAGGGUAAACAGCCUGCUAGAACCAUUAUCUUUAACUUCAACAACGAUGAGGAAUUCGGCUUGUAUGGUGCCACUUCCUUUGUAUUGUCCCACCCCUGGUUCAAGCAGGUGAGCUACUUCUUGAAUUUGGAAGGUACUGGAGCUGGUGGGAAGUGUGUGUUGUUCAGAGGAACUGACUAUGGAAUUACCAAGUACUUCAAGAAUGUUCGUUACCCAUUCGGAACUUCUAUCUUCCAGCAGGGCUUCAAUAACAGAUUAAUUCACUCAGAGACUGACUACAAGAUUUACAAGGAAGACGGUGGACUUAGAGGUAUCGACUUGGCUUUUUAUAAGCCAAGAGAUCUCUAUCAUACCAGUGGAGACAAUAUCAAAAACAUUAAUAUCAAGUCAUUGUGGCACAUGCUUUCUAAUUCUAUUGACUUUGUUGGAGUCAUUUCGGCAGGCAAGUUGGAUAUUGAUUCAGAAAAGACUUCUACUUCCCUGGACUUGGAUUUCCCAUCUUUUGGAAGUUUGUUCAACUAUUUCCUUGUAUUCCCAAUUUCAGCCUUAAUUAUCGUCAACAUUGCCUUACUUGUGGCCAUUCCCGUUAUCGGAAUUCCACUUUCAUUGAUCGUAUUCUAUUAUAAGCGUACUUGGAGCAUUGGUUUUAUCAAUUUUAUCAAAUUCCCAUUGUCAUUUGUUCUUUCCAUUCUUGGUCUCAGAAUUUUUGUCAACUUUAUUUCAUCAAUUAAUGAAUUUUUACCCAACUCAAACUAUGGUUUAAUUGUGAGUACAAGUUUUGCGUUUUUUGCUUUGUUGAACUACUUAAUUUUGAACCUUUACAAUUUGGUUUUCUACUAUUGCAAGAUUCACGACCAUGAUGAAAAAUUGAUCCUCAUUUUGCAAAUUUCUGUCGUCUACUAUGCUGGCUUACUAUACUCAACUAUUAAGUUGGCCAGCAAUAAGAUUGGAGAUGAUCACACAGGUGAGUAUCCAUUGACUGGGUUGUACCUCUUACAAUCCCUUGGAGGAUUAAUAGGUUUUGUUGGCUAUUUGUUAAAGAAGAGCAAGAAAAAUUCCAAGAAGUAUUCAUAUGAAUUCAUUCAUGAUGAUGAACAACCAUUGAUUGGGUCAUCGUCUUCUCAACUUCAAAAUUCUAAUUAUGGAUCAAAUGAACUGGCACAACAGCAACAACAGCCAUCUGACGUUCCUGCUCCUUCUUCCUCUUCCUCGUUCCUGUUAACUUCGUCUAUAUUGGAUCAAGAUGAAGAAACCAUUAAGAAAAACAAGUAUAAGAAGUUGAAGACCUACUCGUAUGGAUGGUCUCUUCAAUUUUUAAUUAUCGCUCCACUUUCAUCUUUCAUCAUAUAUAAUUCGGGAACAUUAAUCCUCGAUGGACUUAACAAAUCAAUCCAAGAAUCAUUGAACAGUGAAAAUUUGAUAUAUGAGUUUAUUCAGGUAUUUGUGAUUGUAUGGAUCUUACCAUUCCUUGCUUUCAUAUUCAAGAUCAAUCGUUUCGGUGCAAUUGUGAUUGCGUUGUUCGUCAUUCAAGGUUUAGCCAGUAUCUAUUUUACUGCUCCAUUUGAUCAGUUGAAUCCAUUGAAAUUGAGAUUCAUUCAAUCUAUUGACUUGGAUAAGAGCGACACAUCAAGUAGUAUCGAAGUACGUGGUAGAACUGGAACCUUUUUUGAUAGUAUUUUGAAAGACUUACCCUCUGUAAAGGAGUCUGGUGAAAAGGUGAUUUGUACAUCAAUCGGCGAUGGUAUGGAAAGCUGUGCCUUCAAUUCAACAUUGUCUCCUAAACUUGCUACAAAUAUCAAAUCGUUCAACGAAUACCUUGAUGUUAAGAUAUUGAAGAAUUCGCUGAAUGACAAUGUUCCCUUUGGACUCCUUAGUGGAGAAAUUGCGAUUAAAGCGCCAAAGAACAGAUUGUGUAAUUUGUACUUUCAUGUUGAAGAUAGCAAUGGAAAAGCUUCAUCUGUCGCUCCAGUGAAAACUGUAAUUAUUUAUAAUGACAAAGAAGCCAACUCAACUACUGUCUUUGCAAGAGAACAACAGCAACAUUUAGAUAUUGCAGGAAUUCCAAAAGGUUUCUCCAGAGACGAAGACGGAAAUUAUAUCUACAAAGAUUUGGAUGGUAUCAAAAGUUUAGUUUUGAAUAAGUUAGACUGGGAAAAAUCCUACCAUGUUGGGUUCCAAUGGGUUCCAAAUUUUGAAUCAGAAGACGUUGAUUUACUGAAGAUAAAAAAGCUUGGGGUUGACCUCAAAUGUUUCUGGGGUGAUCUUGACCAAUUUACUGACAAGGAUGGAACUAUUGAAGACACCAUUCCUUCAUAUGGCGAAUUUUUACAUUAUAGUCCUAACUAUGUUAGCUGGUCCAAUUGUGAUAAGGGUUUGGUAUCUGUUUCAAAAUCUGUUUUCGUAUGA